UUCGGCGGCGGGCGGCGCAGCUUCCUCUCCACGAAGCACCGAGACCCGCAGAGCGGCGAGCCGGGCCACCGCAAGGACGGCCGCGACCUAACGGCCGAGUGGAGGGCCAUGAAGCGACGCGCCGGCCGACAGCCGAGCUACGUCUGGAACAAACAGCAGUUCGACAACAUCGACCCGCGCUCCACGGACACAGUGCUGGGUCUGUUCGAGGCCAGCCACAUGGCAUUUGAAUUGACCAGGGAUCCAGGACCCGGUGGCGAGCCAUCGCUGGCCGAGAUGACCGUCAAGGCCAUCCAGAUGCUCUCUCGUAAUGAGCGAGGGUUUCUCCUUAUUGUUGAAGCGGGGAGAAUGGACCACGCGCACCACGCCAACAACGGGCGUCGCGCGCUGGACGAGGUGCUGGCUCUGGAGGACGCUGUGCUGGCGGCCACGCAGCUGGCGCCGGCCGCCGACACGCUGACGCUCGUCACCGCUGACCACUCGCACGUGUUCACCCUGGGCGGCGCCCCGCCGCGCGGCAACCCCGUGUUCGGCACGGACUCGAGCCCCGAUGUAAAUGGAAUACCAUACACGACACUUCUUUACGGCAACGGUCCGGGGUACGUCGGGGAAAGGAACCGAUCCAGUGUCAGAAACACCAGUGGGGCCGACUACCGCCAGGAGGCGGCCGUGCCGCUCAAGUACGAAACGCACGGCGGCGAGGACGUGCCCGUCUACGCCGUUGGCCCGUGGAGUCACCUGUUCUCCGGCACGUUCGAGCAGUCGUAUGUGGCGCACGCCAUCUCGUUCGCAGCAUGCAUCGGGCCCCGUAAGCCCCUCUGCAUGGCGCGCCAGAAAGCUGAGAGAGUCGUCACCAACAACGCCCCGCGGCAAGACGCCGCACUAUUGCUGCUGGCCGCGACGCUAGUGUCGUUAAGCGUAUGAGCUGUAGCGAACGACGCCCCGCGGCCAGACGCCGCACUAUUGCUGCUGGCCGCGACGCUGGUGCCGUGAAGUGUGUGGGCGCUGGUGUAGCGAACUCGCGUCGCGAUGUCACUACCUGCGCCCAGGAGGUGCAACACGCAUUCUUGGCAUGCAGUAUCACCCGUUGCUGAAAACUAUGAAGCCGUGCUCACUGGCUGAUUACAUUACGAGCACAGCGCACGGGCCGAGAUAUUCUAAAAAAUGUAUAUGGUACGUUAACACGUGCCCGGGUGGGGUUGGGGUGGGAGUCAAAUUGACCCCCUAAAAAACCCAAAGUUUUUCCAAAAUGGUUUCCGAACGGUGGGGCGCAGCCGCGCCAAAUUUUGCAUAGCUGUGGACAGUUGAACGGCUGAUCGUAUGGUUUUUCUUAGGCAACGCAACAAUUGAGUGAACAAAUUCCAUUGACCUAAGGUCAGUUUUGAAAGUCAGAUCAAGGUCAAAGCCAAUCUGCUUUUACUCUAGGGCUUGUUAUAUGGGUAGUUUCUAGUGCUCAUUUUGAAUUUAUUAACAACAGGAGCCAAAGUAUACAUCAUUCAUGUACUUCUCAAAAGGCUACUGACCUAAAACAACCCAGGUCCACAUUUUGUUCUUAGGAACAUACCGCCUAGGGUAAUCUUUGUGCUUAUUCAGAUGCAAAACUCAACGCAGUCUUUUAUGAUUCUGGUCACCACGACCUUCAAAAGAUCAAAGAAGGUCAUUGGCCUUAAUUGAUCGUGUGACCUUUUGCCUAGAACAGAUAUUCAGGUUCUGGGGGCUAUUCGGAGACCAACCUAGAGAUUCACCUUGUUUGACCUUAUUUGACCCAAAGGUGGUGACCUAGGAACCUCAAACUUUGAUCUAAGUGAGCUCAGGUACAAGCCAAAACACCCUGUAAAUUUGGUGUCUCUAGGACUGUUAGUUCCUGAGAUCUCAGGCGGAGGCAGGGUCAAAUUGACCGCCUCACCUGAGCAACGAGUAUCCAACCGGCAUCCCGGGCGCGUGUUAAUGCUCCUGCGACCCGCGACCUCGCUCAUAAGUCAAGUGGCCGAUGGUGACCAAUGAGCUCUAGGCGCGUGGUACUGAUGCGUGGUUGUUAGACUGGGCGUCUUUGCAAGGGUAUGCAUAACUGAACCUGCCGUUAUGUUUGUGCUGCCACAGUUGUUUGCAGCAGGAGCGACGACCCCUGAUCGUGAUUUUCACAAACGCUUGUCGUGAUUAGCAGUCAUGGCCACUGGGCGCUAUGCCACUUAAUGCCGGCUCGGGCUCCAACCGGUGACACCAGUCGAUGACGUGCCGGCCUUGCCAAUGGAAUGACGUCUUGUUUUGCUUUACUUACGCAUGUCCGAGGUUCAUUAACCAUAUUUUACUGCAUUUCGUUUGCCUGUUUCAUGUGUGUUAUGUCAGAAUCUACGGCGACUUGGACGUGGUUGUACGUACGUACGGUGCUGUGAGGGUUGUAUUUGUAAUUGUAGUUGAAUAACAUUUUGCUUGCGGAAAAGUGUGAUGUCAUUGUGCCAUAGACGAACAUUUCUAGAAUUUUCAGUUCCCCAUAGACUGCAGAACGCCCUCCGUGAUCAGAGCAGUCCCCGUAACUUUAUGAAGCUCUUUGGCAGUGGCUCCUGCAAAUAGACUCAAGGUACCAGU